AUCGCUGCACACCUGGCGGUUGCUGCCGGAAGCAUGUGUUCCUCUGCGUACAUGGGUCUGUAGAUCAUGCGAUGCGCAGACAUGGGGGCCAGCGUCACCCGCGUCUUUAGGAACUUUAACGUGGAGAACCGUGCUCACCGGCUGAUUGGCAAAGACAAGCCCACCGCGGCGCCCCUGCACCCGAGCGCGAAGAAAGCCCAAGAAGCUGUCUUAGCCAAAUAUCCAGACGUUAAGGAUCACGUUCACAAAAAAGAUAAUCUACUUCUGUCACGGUUGAAAGAGGUUUAUGUUGAUUCCUCAGACCCAUCAAAUGAGGUAAAGGAUGCAAUCUUCAACCCAGCUGAGCAUGUGGAAUACAGAUCUCCUAAAUUGUCUGUGAAGAGUGAGCUAUCUGCUCUAAUAAAUGUGGAAAACAUUCCUAAGGGAAAGAUUUCUAUACCAGAAGCUCUGAUGGCCCUCAACAAUCACAAACGCUCUCCAGAAAUCUGGACUGCAGAAAAAAUUGCAAGUGAAUAUAACUUAGAAAUCAAGGACUCACAAUCUCUGCUAGAAUUUUUUAUACCUUUUGAGGUGAAAAUUAUUCCACCAAAGGACACCCGAGAAAUAACUGAAAGAUAAAAAUAAGUUACUGAGUUACUGUAUGUAUUUUUCCAUGAUCUUGUAUAAAAUAAUUUAGCCAUAA